GAAACCACGUGGCGUAAUCACGCAGAGUGACGUCGCUACGCUGUGGUUGUUGUUAUUUAGCAGUUAUCCUGCUUAGUGUCCAGCCCAAAGAGAAAGAUGUUUUUGAAUUAGUUGGUUAAGCUUAACCGGACGGUGGGACUCCUCCAGCUUCAACGCCUGCCGCCCCAUGAGGCGUCCGGAUAAUUCAGCGACAUUUAACGGCGUAGAGUCCGCCAGCAGCUAGCUUAGCUCACCGGCUAGCCCCGGCUACUUAGCCGCUUAGCUGGCUCCCCCGGCGGACUUCGGGAUGGCAUCUUCCUUCAAGAUUCCCAAGAAGAAACAUCCUCAUGGCUCUGACUCCAGUCCCCUAGACAUGCAGUCACCUCUGUCCCGCCUCCAGACCUCCACCCCUCGACUAAAGUUUUACGGGAAUCAGUCUGGCAGAGGUGGAACUGACAGGAUGCAUUCUGGGAAUCCUGUGGGCACUUUGUCAGCCAGACAGAGGACACCGUGUAAGCAGCUCUUAGGAAACUUCAAGACACAGCAGGUACUCAAGAGCCCCAUCGGGGGCGGAGCUUCAGACGCCAAUCAAAGAGCAGCAGGCAGCUGGAGCUGCCAAUCACAAGCAGGACAGAGAGAAGUGACCUCAAGCUGUUUGUCAAACAGAUGGCGUCCUAAGAGAGCGUCUGACCGGCUGCUGCAGCCUGAGGUGGCUUUAGAGCACCUGUCUCCACCUCAGAAGAAGAAAGAGCUGUCAGCUUUGGUCAAUAAAAGGAUCUCAGUGGACUCUGUGGACUCUCUGGCUGAGUUCAGAGGUGACGAGCAUCUUGGGAGUUUGAGUUCUUCUACACUGGGAGACAAAAGGUGGAGGAGAGUUGAGUCUAAUGGAGACACUUCUGAGAAGAGCGACACAGGAACUCCUCCCAAAUCUCCUUUGAAACAACAGACAAAGAACUCUUCUAUCUCCAGAUUGAAUCAAACUUCACCCUCAGGCCCACAAAGGCCUGAGGGUCACGAUAAGACCAUCUCCAUGGUCUUAUCGUCGUCGUCGACGCCAGUAAGGAGGGUGCGACUUGCCUUCACCAGCAACCUGAAGGUCAACGACAGGGAGAAGGAGAGAGAGAGGUGGAGGCAGUUCAAAGAGAAGACUAAGAACAACAGGUCAGCUGUCCUCCACCUUCGACUGAGGACACCCAAACCGAAGCUGAGCCAACCAACUGAGCCGAUCGUGCUGUCCAGUGAGGAGGAGGAGGACUGUGAGGGAAACGGAGACGAAGCAAAGAGGACGUCACAUAGCAGCAACCAGGUCGAUGAAUCUCGUCAGGGAAACUCUGAGAAGGUGCAGGCUCCCAAACCAGUUCCUGUGACGCCACCGUCCUUCCUGCAGCUGGAGUUUGCCUCUCUUCACGCCGGCCUCACGGCUGCAGAUGCUAACGGGCCGAUUAUGGUGAGACAGUUUGUCACAGCUUCACAUAAACCUGUAAACCAUAAACACGGAGACGCUCAGUGUGACGGGACACAGGAGCAUCAGUGCUCUGUUAUUUGUGAUCUGAGGUGUGGCAGCUUUACUGAGUCACUGUUGUGGGGUCUCUCCUGCCCACAGACAGGAGUGUCACUAACAGCAUGUUUACAGCUCCUCUUUCCCCUCACAUGUUUAUUUAUGCUGAUAGAUACAUUUUUUUUCUACUCUUAGACCCUCUGCUCUGUUUUCUGACUGUCUGCAAGAACUGCAGGUGUUUUUGUUGGUGGAACAAUGAAAAUUUCAGAUGUUAAUUAAAAUUAAAGGAAAAUAUGUGACUUUAGUCACAUGAUUGUAAAUUUACAACUUUUUUCAUUGUAAAAAUUUCAAAAUGUCGUUUAUUGCAUUUUUGUCAUAAAUUUGCAACUUUUAUCUAAGAGUGUCCAAGUGUUUUCCAUCAAAUUUACCUGUUUUUUUAAUACAAUUUUUUUUAAUAUCUAGAUUUCCCAUAA